GGCGGGAGCCGCAGGCCACGCGUGGCUGCGCUCAGAACGUGCGCAAAAGAGCGCAUCUGAUUAAGUGCGAGCCCCAUUGCAGGGACACUGGAGGCUGACCUGGAGGGUAUAUUUUAAACAGUCUUGCGUGUCGAUAAAUACCCCCCACCCACCCACCCACUCCUUGCCCGCCCGCAAUCUGGGUUCCCCCCACCACCACCACCGCCGCCGCCUUCCCCCCUCUCAGCCUCAUCCCUCAAUCCCGCACCCAUCGGAGCGGUCCGGUGGUGGUUGCCGGGAGCUUCCUUUGAACGAACGGCGGGCGCUGCGCCCUGCAGCCGAUAGCGACUGACAGACGACUUCUGCCCAGCGCACACACACACAUACACACACACAGCGACAGAGAGACAGAGAGAGGAACGACAUCCAUCGAGGGGAAGACAUCCUUCACCCCAGCCGUUGGGUGGUGGUGGUGGUGCCAUGGCCCCUCUCCGCGCGCCGUGCCUCAUCCUCCUGCUGCUCGCCGGCGGCGUCGGCGCCGCGAGGCAGCUCGACACUCCGCAGCAGCAGCCGCAGCCGCAGCAGCAGCCGCAGCAGCAGCAGCCCGUCAACGUAACCCUGGCCGUGCUGCUGCCGCUCAACAACACCCGCUACGCGUGGGCCUGGCGGCGGGUGGGACCCGCCAUCCAGCUCGCCAUCGAGCGUGUCAACGGCGCGGCCGAGGCGUUCACGCCCGCGUUGCGCCUGCGUCCCGUGUACGGGAACAGCGAGGACGCGCACGGCCAGUGCUCCGAGUCGGCCGCGCCGCUCGCCGCCGUCGACCUCAAGUUGGAGCACAACCCCGCGGUGUUCCUGGGGCCCGGCUGCGUCUACCCGGCGGCUCCCGUGGCGCGGUUCACGACGCACUGGAAGGUGCCCCUGCUGACCGCCGGGGCCACGGCCUCUGGGUUCGACACCAAGGAAGGGGGAGCGUACGCCCUGGUGACCCGCGCGGGGCCUUCGCACGGCAAACUCGGCGGCUACGUGCGGCGACUGCACGCGCACUUCAACUGGACGCGGAGGGCCAUGCUGCUGUUCAACGACGAGAAGACGGACGACCGGCCCUGCUUCUUCGCCACCGAGGGCAUCUACCAGGAGCUCACCAAGUUGGAGAACAUCACCGUCGAGCACUUCCCAUUCAAGGAGAGCGAGGGCGUGGACCGACGCAAGAUCCUCCAGGAGGUCAAGAAGAAGGGCCGCAUCGUGUACUUCUGCUGCUCGGCGGCCGUGUUCAGGCAGACGAUGGUGCAAGCGCACGCGGAGGGCAUGACAGCCGGCGAUUACGUCUUCUUCUACGUCGAUCCGUUCAGCGAGUCUCUGAGCGAGAGCAAUGUCUCAGAGUCACGCAAACCCUGGAAACGUGGCGAUGAGUUUGAUGAGCAGGCGAAGGAAGCCUACAAGGCUGUUAUGAUCAUUUCUUAUCGUGAACCUCAGAACAUCGAAUACAAAGACUUUGUUGUGAAGUUAAAGAAACGGGCUAAGGAGCAGUUCAAUUUCACGAUUGAAGACACGCUGAUGAAUUUAAUAGCGGGCUCCUUUUACGACGCCAUCAUGAUGUACACGGCAGCGCUGAACAAGACGCUGUCUUCGGGAGGUGGUGUGCACGAUGGUCACGCAAUUACCAAGCACAUGUGGAACAGGACGUAUCGCGGUGUGACUGGAGAGUUCACCAUAGACCGAAACGGUGACAGGGAAACUGACUUUUCUCUUUGGGAUCUGACAGACAUGAACACUGGGGAGUUUAAUGUAGUUCUCAGCUACGAUGGGGCAUCCAGUAAGCUUAUUGAGGUCCCAGGCCUGGAGAUACAGUGGCCUGGGGGAUCCAUCCCCAAAGACGUCCCGCUGUGUGGAUUUGAGAAUGAGGCCUGCAUCUCUGGUGGAUUUUCAACCAUGGAGGUUUUAAUGAUCGUCUUCAGCCUCAUACUGCUGAUAGUUGCAGUAUCGUCCUUUCUCAUAUACAGGAAGCUUAAGUUGGAAAAGGAGCUGGCCAGCAUGCUGUGGCGACUGCGCUGGGAGAACAUCCAGGUCAGCAGCCUGGAGAAAGCGCGGCGCAGCGCCGGCAGCAAGCUUACCCUUUCCAUGAGAGGCUCCAGCUGUGGAUCACUACUCACCACACAGGGAAGGAACCAAAUGUUUGCGAAGACGGGGUAUUACAGGGGAAAUCUGGUGGCCAUAAAGCCAAUCAACAAAAAGAAGAUUGAGCUGACCAGAGAGGUGUUGUUUGAGCUUAAACAUAUGAGAGAUGUUCUGAAUGAGCAUUUGACAAGGUUUGUGGGAGCAUGCAUCGAUCCCCCAAACAUCUGUAUUGUAACUGAAUAUUGUCCACGGGGCAGCCUACAGGACAUUUUAGAAAAUGAAAGCAUUACGCUGGAUUGGGUGUUCCGAUAUUCCUUAAUCAAUGACAUAGUGAAGGGAAUGCUGUUCCUGCACAACAGUGUCAUUGGAUCACACGGAAGCCUCAAAUCCUCCAACUGUGUGGUGGACAGCCGAUUUGUCCUCAAGAUCACGGAUUACGGGCUGGCCAGCUUCCGCUCAUGCAGUGAAUGCGAGGAUAUGCACUCCCUUUAUGCAACACUGUCACGUGCUGUACUGUACUGGGCGAUCACGGAGCAGCACCAUGAGCAAACUGAAACCGUGAUCGUGGAAACUGAUGGGUCAGAGAAGCUUUGGACAGCACCAGAGCUUCUGCGUUUAGAGCACCCACCUCCACAAGGCACCCAGAAAGGUGAUGUCUAUAGCCUUGGCAUAAUCCUGCAGGAGAUUGCCUUAAGAAAUGGAACCUUCUAUGUGGAGGGGAUGGACCUCAGCCCUAAAGAGAUUGUACAGAAAGUGAAGAAUGGCCAGCGUCCAUACUUCCGGCCAUCCACGGAUGAAUCUUGUCACAUUGAGGAGCUUGGGCUUCUCAUGCAACGCUGCUGGGCCGAAGACCCAGCGGAGCGACCGGAUUUCAGUCAGAUCAAGAUGCUCAUUCAUAAAUUCAAUAAAGAAAACAGCACCAACAUUUUGGACAACCUGUUAUCCCGCAUGGAGCAGUAUGCAAACAACCUGGAGGAGUUGGUCGAAGAGAGGACGCAGGCCUACCUGGAAGAAAAGCGCAAAGCUGAGACCCUCCUCUAUCAGAUUCUACCACAUUCCGUGGCGGAGCAGCUGAAGCGUGGAGAGACGGUGCAGGCCGAGGCCUUUGACAGCGUCACCAUUUACUUCAGUGACAUCGUGGGGUUUACAUCUUUAUCAGCUGAAAGCACUCCCAUGCAGGUGGUCACUCUGCUGAAUGAUCUAUACACAUGCUUUGAUGCCAUCAUCGAUAACUUUGAUGUAUACAAGGUGGAGACAAUAGGAGAUGCCUAUAUGGUGGUGUCGGGGCUGCCCGUGCGGAAUGGGAAGCUCAACGCCAAAGAGAUCGCCCGCAUGUCCCUGGCACUUCUAGAUGCCGUGAAAACAUUUAAAAUACGGCACAGACAAGAAGACAAGCUCAAACUGCGGAUAGGCAUUCACACAGGUCCAGUCUGUGCCGGUGUGGUAGGACUCAAAAUGCCGCGCUUCUGUUUGUUUGGUGACACCGUAAACACUGCUUCGCGCAUGGAGUCCAAUGGUGAAGCUUUAAAAAUUCACGUUUCACAAACUACAAAGGAAGUUUUGGAUGAGUUUGGCUGUUUCAGGCUGGAGUUGCGUGGUGAUGUGGAAAUGAAGGUAUACAAAGAGCCUUUUCUUUUGCAACUGCAUUCAUUCUGCACUUUGAAAUUAUAUUUUACUGUUAUUUACUGUUGCAUAUUUUAACAAUAAUUUCUUAAAUAUUCAUACAUGUGCAUACAUUCCAAUCUUUCAUGAGUAAUAGUAUUUAAAUAUAGGGUCUCAUGAAUGUAAUGUGAUGGCUUUAUACAUAUAUAUUCCAAAUUAGCUCCAAAUUGGUUAAUUAAUAUAGUCUUGAUUAUCCCAAUGCCAUUCAUAAGCUUGUAAUGAAAACGACUGUUUAUUACUCAUGUGCUUAUGUACAUAUAAUAAAUAAAAUACGUAUUUUCGAAUUGCUUGAUUCAUAAUCUAUCACAGCAAUAAAUUGACCGAAGGGCUGAAUUUGCACAUGUACAAAGGCAAUUUAAAAUCCAUUAAGCAAAAUUCCUAUUUAUAGCUGUGUUCUGCCUGACUUUGUUUUGAAAACAAUAAAAAUUUAGACUCAUGUUUGUGCUUCCAUCAUGUCUUUGAUGCCUAUUAUCCCUAAGAUUGUACUGACCCACAAAUAAUCCGAUUAUUUGCAGAGUAAUUAUUCCUGCGAUCUAUUUUUCAUGGAUAAUAGAAAGAAUACAGAGAGGCAUUGUCAUAACAAUGAAUAAUGUGAAGAUGUUAUUAAAUGGAGAGGAAUUUUGUACUAAAUGUGUUGUAUGAAUUUCAUAACAGGUGAAGUAUUACACUUUGCUCUCAAUAAAUAAAUAUGUGCAUCAGAUGUGCAUACAAAUGAUAAUGUUCGGAUAGGUGUUAGUGACAACCUAACCAUUGUUUGGCUGUCAAUUGCAAAAUACAAUGUUUAGAUACGUUCAUAAAAGCUUCACGAAAUGGGAUGGAGCAGUGGUGCAGUGGUUAGCACACUGUACUAUAAACGCAGUGACCUAGAUUUGAUUACUGGCCAGAAUAAACAUCGGUGGGGAAUAAUAUCUGAACUGGUCCUGGGCUCCACUUCAACUAAAACCUACACUAAUCAGCGUGGUAAUGCUCAGUCAAACAAUCACCAUGACUGAGACAGCAUGUGUAGGAUUUAAUCCAGCAGUGGAUUGACAAAUGGCUGUUUAUUUUUUGUAUCUCCUAAAUCUCUGAUAGGAGCUUUUAAAAAAAAAAAUAGAGCCUCCUGGUCUUAACAAGCUGUUACCUGGUUGAGAUGGCAUCUUUAUUUAUCCAUAGCUUUGUAUAACUGCUAUAGGGUCCCUCCCAUAUCAUUACAGAUAAGAGGAGCUCAUUGUGCUGCAUUUACGUUUGUAAAUGAUAACUGCUUAUUGUAAUUGUGUUGCCUGCUACACAUUCACCACUUGGGAACGCUUUCCCUCUCUUCCUCGUAACUGUCGUUGUUUGCAGGGAAAGGGGAAAAUGAGGACAUACUGGCUUCUGGGAGAAAUUGAGGAGAAUCCAGAAGCAUAACAAAUGAUUCAACCAAGAUGUAAAUAUUUUAUUAUAUUUGAUCACUUGAAUUAUUUUGAUUGUAACCUUCCUUGAAGAGCAGAUGGAAUUGUUUCUGUUUAUUAGUACUGUAUUUAUUGCACUUUUGUAUAUGUAACGGGAUAUUUUCAAAUCAUUUGCAUACCUACAUUCACUAUGGAUGUUUGGAAGAUACCAUGAUAAAUCAUGAAAUUAACCCUGAAAAUGUAGCCUGGACUCCAAUGGGAAUGCAUUCUAUUGUUCAUAUUGUAAAUAACACUUUAAACUAUUUUGUUAAAAUGUGAAACAUUCUAAAUGUGAUAUGUUUAUUGAAUUUAUAUUGACAUGAACACCACAACAACAUGUAACUUUGUAGCAAUACUGUGUUUAGCAACACGUGAUGAAUAUAAAAACAAAAUGUAACAAAAACACUUGGAAUUUUAAUACGAUGGAUUUGAUAUGAUUUACAGUUUCAUUUCGCACACAUUUAGUAUUACAAUUUUGUUUGGCGGGCAUAAAAUAUGUGCAGUCUAAAGGUAAAAGGUAUGUGAAUUAUUGUAUCCUUGGUAUAUAUUAUUCUGUAUCCUGUAAUAAAAUGAAAUUCACUGGCGUCCACUUUUUAUGGGUUAAAUAUUAAAAUUGCUUCAUUAAAAUGGUGUGUCCAGGCGCUCGCUGAUUGGUUUGCUAAAAGUGGUGUUCUUGAGAAAGGGUUUCUCUCUUGACUUGAUGUCUGUUACUCCCUAAAAUAAAAUAAAAUGCACAUUAUAAAGAAUCCAAGUACUGUAUAUAAUAGAGGACAUUAAAAUAUCUUUAUUAAGGAGUGUUUCCUAACACAUCUAUAGUUACAUAUGUGAGUGGUAUUACAAUAUGGAAUACUUUCUUGCAACUUUGAAUUAAAAUUGUGCAUAUUUUCUUAUGGCUAUAGUACAAUAAACAUCAAACAAUAUCAAGAUAAUCUUGCAGACAAACAAUCAUAUAUUUUUUGUGGACAUAAAACCAUUACGUGGGUAAUUUCACAUCUGCUGUAGAGAUGUACUCCGUAUGAAUGCUGUUUAUUUAGAUUGUUAUCAUUACCAAAACAUUACAUAUAUGGCCAGGACAAACAAUAUUAUGGAGAUGAUGCCAGCGAAAAAUAAUGGUUUUAAUUAAUGCGUUUAUGUAAAAUUACCGUAGUUUUUGCCAAUAGAAAAUUAGUCUUAUAUUUUGCAUCCUUUGCUAUUUCCAUUGAAAAUAUGUGGUAACUGCCUUACUGCCAACACACGGCUCAAACAGUUGGGAGUGUAGCCAAUAAAACAUGUUCAACCUUUAUAUAUCUAUUAAAACUUUUUUUUAAAUACGAGGUGAAGAAAUACAAAUUGAAAUCACAUUACGUACAACUGAAAAUGCAUAUGCGAUUGUGGGAAAUGAGAUGACCAUGUAUAUAACAGUAAAAACCCAAUUCUGUAGAGGUGGAAGACAAGCCUUUGUGAGGAUUCAAAAUAAGACACUGGGGAAAUGAAGCGUUCUUGCCCUCAUAAAAUCAAGAUGGAAUUAAAUGGUAGUACAAUUUACGAUAAGCAUAAAGGUGGUACUGAUGAUGAUGAUGACGGUAAAAAUGUUACUGUGCAUGAUCGAAAACAACUGUACAAAACUCUUCCUCAACAAAAUCUCUUGUCAGCCUUCCCCAUCGUUUCACAAUCGCUCAUCGACUAACUCUCCAGUGCAGCACAGCGACGUAGUUACCUGCGAAUUGCUCGUUCAUGAAGUCACAUUAUUCGUAUGAGAUUGAAGUAAUAUGAAGUAUAACUCGAAAAAUGAUUGUAUUUUUACAUUUAUUGUUUAUAAUCAAUGUUAUAUGUAUGCUAUUGCAACAGUUCCAAUUGCAAAAUGUGCUGUGGUAUUUUCUAUUAUACAAUAAUAUGAAACACGUUUCGAAAGCGUUCAAUAACUUUGGGCACCAUGGAAUGUAUACUUUUUUCCAGUAACAUUUGUUCUUCCAUUCUUGAUGGCAUUAGUCUCUUAUGCAGCAGCACAGAUAUUAAAACAAAGGACAAAAUGCAUUGUCGGUUCAUACAUUGUAUCUUCUGAAUAACAAAAUGAAGAUUACUCAUUUCAAUGUCCAAAUACAGAAUUGGAUGUAAAAUCAAAACUCACGGUUUAUCUCUUUAGAUCGGAAAAACAGUGUAGGCUCUCACCUGUAUGUUGUUAACAUUAUUGGACCAAUAGGUGAUUGGCUGCUCUGUGUGAUAAUCAUGUGCCUGCAAACAGCAAGAGAAGUAUUAAUUGAAUGUAAAUUUGCUAUCGGCUAAGGAAAAUGCAAAAUAGAAUGAAAGAAAGCACUGACUCAUUUCUGAGUCAAAUGGAUUUUAGUUUCUGUAGAUGUAGUAGUAAUAAUAAACUCAGAAAAUACAUAAAAAAUACGUUUUGCAGUUGCAGACGAUAUGUCAAACUUAACUGUUAAUCACAAGUGGUCAAGCCUCUGGCCUACCUUAUUGGGCACAGGGGGCUCUGGUUUUAAGGUGUAAUGAAAGAAAGCUUGCUUUGAUGUUGAAUAUUGCUUGGGUGGAGGAAUUGGACUUGACUUCUCCAGCACCUCCUUGCUGCUCAUUAAAUCAUACAGAACCAGCAUUUGACAAAAAUGAUUAUUGUGCACUCUAUAAAGCACUUAUUAGACACCAGUAUAUCUAUCUGUCACAAAUAUCCCUGAUGAAAUACGUUGUAAAACUAGUUGCUGCUAAGCAAAUCGUGUGGUGAUGUGGUAAUACAGAAUAUGUAAAGUGACUUUUCGAUACAAUAUUGAGCAAAGGGAAACAGUGAUGAUAUUGUGGCCUCGUUCCUUUCCAAGUGUUACCCACAACACCUGUUCAUCCUUCACCUCUCUCUUAACCACAAUGGUCGUGAGGGCACCACCGAUGCCUGGGCUGUCAUCUCUGUUAACAGUUGCCUGUCCUUUGCGGUCUUUGUUAGGUGUUGUGGCGGCUUGUCAGUCCAUGAUAUCACAUUUGUCAUACAGUUGAUCUGGGGUCAUCCACUUUUUUUCCUUCUCCCCUGCCCUGUGAGAUAAUGUUUGAUCGUUCCCCCUUUCGUGUCACAUGUCUCUUCUCCUUUACUAUUGUCAGCAGUGGUUUGUGUUCACCCACUUUUGUUAGUAAUUUAAACUCGAACUGAUUAAUAAAUUACCGAUUGCAUAAUUGUUCCACCUUAAUUGGCAUAGUUUCUGUAUCAGGGCAGUGAAAAACUUGUUGAGACAGAGAUACCAAAAAGCCACAUGGACCAAAUAUCUUUCAAUUAGCCUUUUUGUACUAAACUGUACUUUCCCUCCUGCCCUACCCCCAAAUGUGCACUAAAUAAUAGAUUUAGUAUAUUGAUGUUAGAGGUGAAUUCAAUAAAAAUUCAUAUGUAUUACGAAGUCUAUAUUGAAAGUUUAAUAUUUAAUUUUAAGAUGUGAUAAAGCCCAAUAUGUUUAUACUGUAUAUUUGUUCCAGAAAGGAAGCAUUGAAAAUGAUAAAUGACAAUUAUAGAUUGGUCAAAUCCAUUAACAGAAAUUGCAUCUGCAUUAUAUGAUUAUUUAUCAUAACAUAUUGAAAGGUCAUGCUGUAAUAGACUGCCAUGUAUAAUAUCAGGAUGGAGAUUAUAUUUGUACUGGAUGUCAAGAAAUAAAUAUGUGGCAGCUUUAAUAAUAUAUUCAAUGCACUGUCAUAGCUACAAGACCUUGAAUUUCACUAUUAAAAAAAAACCCUGUUUAAGUAAACACACGGUAAGCGUGUUUUGAAAACAAAAGGUUACACAGAUAUAUUUAGAUAAAGCAAAACUGACACAUUUUUUCAAAUAUUGCAUGUCAUAAGAAACUUACAACAGCAAACCAUAGCGUAUGAGGGUUAACAGCCUACUUGCUAUACUGCCAUUUACUGAACACCUAACAGCCCUGCAGGUUGAGAGUCUCAUGCAUAUUAAAUCAGCAUGAUCCACAAAUCCUGCCUCCAUGGUACUGGGUUACACGCAUGUGGUAUGAUACCAUGCAAUAUUAAUCUUUACACUUUCCGUACCUUAUUCUGUCACGAAGAGUCUUUUCAAGUAGCAUCUCCCUUUUUCCUGGGGAAAAAAAUAAUAAUCGUAGUGGAAUGGGCACAGAUUGCUAUGGAAAUGUGUCCAGCGGCUGUACCGUAUAACAUAUUUGUCAACAAUAAACAUUUGUGUUUGA